AUGUCCUCUUCGUCCUCCGUGGGCAACAUCGCUCCCAACGACGGAUCGUCGUCGCCGCCUGCGUCGGCCAUCGUCGCGCAGGCCAUGUCCGGGUCGCACGUCGUCAAGAUAGACGGCUACUCCCGCACCAAGGGGCUUGGCAAUGGCAAAUACAUCAAGUCCGAGACUUUCACCAUCGGAUGCCAUCCCUGGUGUAUGCGCUACUACCCAGACGGCUGUGUGACUGAAGACGCAGAUUGGAUAUCCAUCUAUCUGCACUAUAGUACUGCUCCAACUAAUGCUGGUGAAGUCAAAGCAGAGUUCAAGAUUAGUUUGCUUGACCAUGACAGGCAACCAGUGGCAUUGUACAGCAGAUGCAGCCAAGGUUUUGGUUACCAGUCGAAAUUUCAAGAUUUCCCAUGCAGCCAGCUACGCACAUUCUCCACGAAAGAUACAGGAUGGGGCUUUGGUCAAUUCAUCAAGAGAAAGGACUUGGAGGAAUCCCCUUACCUUAGGGAUGAUGUUUUCAGCAUCAGGUGCGAUGUCACCGUGUCAAAGGAGAUCUUCACUGAGCCAAUCCCACAGCACGUUGUGGUGCCACCGUCCAACAUGCACCAUCAUCUUGGACAACUACUCUUGGCCGGUGAGGCGGCCGAUGUUACUUUCGAGGUCGGCGAGGAGACAUUCGCUGCGCACAGGUGCAUACUCGCAGCUCGUUCACCGGUCUUCAAGGCGGAGCUCCUUGGCCCUAUGAAGGAGAAGACCGCAACUCGAGUGCUGAUCGACGACAUGGAAGCCAGGGUGUUCAAGGCGUUGCUCCAUUUCAUCUACACCGACUCGUUGCCCGCCAUGGACGAAGGCGGCGCGGCGGAGAUUGCUCAGCAUUUACUGGUGGCGGCUGACAGGUAUGAUAUGGAGAGGCUGAAGCUGAUCUGCGAGGGGAAGCUGUGCGAUCACAUCUGCAAAAGCACGGUGGCGACCACGCUGGCACUGGCUGAGCAGCACGGUUGCGGUGCUCUGAAGAAGGCAUGCUUCAAGUUCCUGAUGUCUCCGGGAAACCUGAAGGUGGUCAUGGAAUCUGAUGGAUAUGAGCACCUGAGGAGCAGUUGCCCGUCUGUUCUGGACGAACUAGUCGCAAAGCUUGCUCCAUGAUCUCUUGGAGUCUAAACUCACUAGACCUGGAUAUUUGUCAUGCUAUUUAUAUUUUCAGAAGUGAUGAUAUCCUAUCCUACUACUGGUAGUCUGUGAAGGACUGUUAAUUCUAUUAAAAUUAAGGUUGCUGACGUUGCUGCAUC